GAUGGCUCUUGCUCACCAGAGCCUCACAAAGAUAAUCGCUCAGGAAGUGUUUCAGCCAAUCCCGGGCCGCCUUACACUCCGAUUUGCCGGGCCAGCCAAUCGGGGAUGAGCUCUUAUUAGGCGGCCAGAUCAUCAAGCCGAAGUGCCAAACCCUUUUUCUGUGAGAACUAGGAGCCUGUCCUCCAUGUUUUAUAAGUAUUGACAUUACACAGUGUUAACAAUGCAUCCACAGAGUCCCAAAUCUGCCAGCCUGUUCUCUCUUCUUAACUGUGGAAAAAUGAGACGGUUGCUUGAACAUGUUGGCUUGGCCGAGGAGGAAAUCAAAACAGAACAGGAGGUGGUAGAGGGCAUGGAUAUCUCUACUCGCUCCAAAGAUCCUGGCUCCGCCGACAGAACAGCCCCGAAAAGAAAGUUCCCCAGCCCUCCGCAUUCUUCCAAUGGCCACUCGCCACAGGACACAUCCACAAGCCCCAUUAAAAAGAAAAAGAAACCCGGCUUACUGAACAGUAACAAUAAGGAGCAGUCAGAACUAAGACAUGGUCCGUUUUACUAUAUGAAGCAGCCACUCACCACAGACCCUGUUGAUGUUGUACCGCAGGAUGGACGGAAUGAUUUCUACUGCUGGGUUUGUCACCGGGAAGGCCAAGUCCUUUGCUGUGAGCUCUGUCCCCGGGUUUAUCACGCUAAGUGUCUGAGACUGACAUCGGAACCAGAGGGGGACUGGUUUUGUCCUGAAUGUGAGAAGAUUACAGUAGCAGAAUGCAUCGAGACCCAGAGCAAAGCUAUGACAAUGCUCACCAUCGAACAGUUGUCCUACCUGCUCAAGUUUGCCAUUCAGAAAAUGAAACAGCCAGGGACAGACGCAUUCCAGAAGCCUGUUCCGUUGGAACAGCAUCCCGACUACGCAGAAUACAUCUUCCACCCCAUGGACCUUUGUACAUUGGAAAAGAACGCUAAGAAGAAAAUGUAUGGCUGCACAGAGGCCUUCCUGGCUGAUGCCAAGUGGAUUUUGCACAACUGCAUCAUUUAUAAUGGGGGAAAUCACAAAUUGACGCAAAUAGCGAAAAUAGUCAUCAAAAUCUGUGAGCAUGAGAUGAAUGAAAUCGAAGUAUGUCCAGAGUGUUACUUAGCUGCUUGCCAAAAACGCGAUAACUGGUUUUGUGAGCCUUGUAGCAAUCCACAUCCUUUGGUCUGGGCAAAACUGAAGGGGUUCCCAUUCUGGCCGGCCAAAGCUCUGAGGGAUAAAGAUGGGCAGGUGGAUGCCCGGUUCUUUGGACAACACGACAGGAACCCAGGCCGUCCAGUGUCAGGAGGCGAAAUGGAAGUUAGCCGAGAUGAUCGUGGGUUUGAUAGGAGGAACAGAAACAGUCAUUUUCCAGAAAUCACUUGCCAAGCAACUUCAUUGAAGGCACUUAAGAACCUGGGAAGAAACAGAGCCUGGGUUCCAAUAAAUAAUUGCUACCUCAUGUCUAAAGAAAUUCCUUUUUCUGUGAAAAAGACUAAAAGCAUCUUCAACAGUGCAAUGCAGGAGAUGGAGGUUUAUGUGGAGAACAUUCGCAGGAAGUUUGGGGUUUUUAAUUACUCUCCGUUCAGGACACCCUACACGCCCAACAGCCAGUACCAAAUGCUGCUGGACCCCAGCAACCCGAGCGCUGGUGCCGCCAAGAUAGACAAGCAGGAGAAGGUCAAGCUCAACUUCGACAUGACGGCGUCCCCCAAGAUCCUGAUGAGCAAGCCCAUGCUGAGCGGGGGCACCGGCCGCAGGAUCUCCUUGUCGGACAUGCCGCGCUCCCCCAUGAGUACAAACUCGUCCGUGCACACGGGCUCCGACGUGGAGCAGGACCCCGACAAGAAGGCCAUGUCCAGCCACUUCAGCGCAAGCGAGGAGUCCAUGGACUUCCUGGACAAGAGCACAGCAUCGCCGGCCUCCAUGAAGAUGGGCCAAGCGGGGAGUUUAUCUGGCAGCCCGAAACCUUUCUCUCCUCAAGCGUCCACGCCAAUCAUGACGAAAGCAGACAAGACGGCCACCACCGGAAGCAUCCUGAACCUUAACCUGGAUCGAAGCAAGGCCGAGAUGGACUUGAAGGAGCUGAGCGAGUCCGUCCAGCAGCAGGCUGCCCCCGUGCCUCUCAUCUCUCCCAAGCGGCAGAUCCGCAGCAGGUUCCAGCUCAAUCUUGACAAGACGAUAGAGAGUUGCAAAGCACAACUAGGCAUAAAUGAAAUCUCGGAAGAUGUUUACACGGCCGUAGAGCACAGCGAUUCGGAGGAUUCUGAGAAGUCAGACAGUAGCGAUAGUGAGUAUAUCAGUGAUGAUGAGCAGAAGUCCAAGAAUGAGCCGGAAGACGUGGAAGACAAAGAGGGUGCUCAGUUGGACAAAGAGCUGUCUGCUGUCAAAACAAAGCCCAAGCUGGCCAGCCCGGUGGAGAUUAAAGAGGAGCUGAAAAGCGCUUCGCCCCCCAGCGAGAAAGCAGACCCCGGCUCAGUCAAGGAAAAGGCCAGCCCCCCGCCUGAGAAGGACUUCUCCGAGAAAGCCAAACCCUCGCCUCACCCCACAAAGGAUAAGCUGAAGGGGAAGGAUGAGACGGAUUCCCCAACGGUCCACUUGGGCCUGGACUCUGACUCGGAGAGCGAACUUGUCAUAGAUUUAGGAGAAGACCAUUCUGGGCGGGAGGGUCGGAAAAACAAGAAGGAACCCAAAGAACCAUCUCCCAAGCAGGAUGUGACUCUAGUUGUAGCUAAAGCUCCACCACUGUCCACUGCGGCCGGCAGCCAGUCUCCCCCCGAAACGCCGGUCCUCACCCGCGCGUCCUCCCAAACUCCCACGGCUGGUGUCACGGCCACCACCAGCACCACGUCCACGGUCACGGCCCCGGCGGCCACCGCCACCGCCACCAUCACGGGAAGCCCAGUGAAAAAGCAGAGGCCGCUUUUACCGAAGGAGACUGCGCCGGCCGUGCAGCGGGUCGUGUGGAACUCCUCAAGUAAGUUUCAAACGUCCUCCCAAAAGUGGCACAUGCAGAAGAUGCAGCGCCAGCAGCAGCAGCAGCAGCAGCAGCAAGGCCAGCAGCAGCAGCCUCAGUCUUCCCAGGGGACGCGAUAUCAGACCAGACAGGCUGUGAAAGCUGUCCAGCAGAAGGAGAUCACGCAGAGCCCGUCCACGUCCACCAUCACCCUGGUGACCAGCACUCAGUCGUCACCCCUGGUCACCAGCUCGGGGGCCACCAGCACCCUGGCCUCUUCAAUCAACGCAGACCUUCCCAUCGCCACUGCCUCCGCCGACGUCGCCGCGGACAUCGCCAAGUACACUAGCAAAAUGAUGGAUGCAAUCAAAGGAACAAUGACAGAAAUAUAUAAUGACCUUUCCAAAAACACUACUGGGAGCACAAUAGCUGAGAUUCGCAGGCUGAGGAUUGAGAUCGAGAAGCUUCAGUGGCUGCACCAGCAGGAGCUCUCCGAGAUGAAACACAACUUGGCCCACGCUGGAGACAAAGCUGCCCUGUUGGUCCCUGGAUUAGAUGGGCUGCUGUUCCACCUACCAUUCUGUGUAAAUACUGAGCUGACCAUGGCGGAGAUGCGGCAGAGCCUGGAGCAGGAGCGGGACCGGCUCAUCGCCGAGGUGAAGAAGCAGCUGGAGCAGGAGAAGCAGCAGGCGGUGGAUGAGACCAAGAAGAAGCAGUGGUGCGCCAGCUGCAAGAAAGAGGCCAUUUUCUACUGCUGCUGGAACACCAGCUACUGCGACUACCCCUGCCAGCAGGCCCACUGGCCCGAGCACAUGAAGUCCUGCACCCAGUCAGCUACCGCCCCUCAGCAGGAAGCGGAUUCCGAGUCGAACACAGAAACACUAAACAAGUCCUCCCAGGGGUCCUCCUCCAGCACACAGGCCGCCCCUUCAGACACAGCCAGCGCCUCGAAAGAGAAGGAGACGUCUGCUGAGAAGAGCAAGGACAGCGGCUCGACCCUCGACCUUUCUGGCUCCAGGGAGACGCCCUCCUCCAUUCUCUUAGGCUCCAACCAAGGCUCUGGUUGUGCAACUUGAAGCGAAACGAUGUUUAACGGAACCGGUGUUACUGUAGGCCAGUGGCUAUAAGCAUCAAUCUUGUAAUGAAGUGACAUUGAACAAAACGGUGUUAUUGAGGACCUGCUGUGUUUACUUCCUGGGGAUCCACAUAGGACUUCAUCUGGACAGGGGGUUCCGUUGUGGACCUGGGUGGGUAGGAGAUGUGCUUGGGGGUCGGGCCGCCCUUCUGCCCCCAGGGAAAUGACCAGGAUAAAUUAAGCCAAGGGAAACGAUUCCAGCACCUGUGUUUGGGGGAUGACGGCACUCGAGCCUCUAGGGAAAUGAAGAAAAAUUUUAGGUGGAUGGAUGAUCUUUCUGUAAAAACCGUUCCUCUUAGGAAUAAAUAAACGGGCAGGCUGCAUUGGGAGAUUUUCCAAGACUGAAUUUUGGUUUUUCUCUUCUGUGAGAUUUGAGCUGUCCUCCUUUCUGGCCCGAAGGGUCUUUGUCCUGUACCCUCUACACCUGUUGUGGGUCAUUCCAGAAGGCUUCCAAGAAGGUAUCUUCACUGAGGACAAUUCUGCUUAAUUCAAGGUUUUUCAGCUCUAAGAUCUCUCUCCGCUGGAUAAUUCAAAAAUUUUCUCUCCCUUUUGCAUAUUAAGUGUGUGGAGGAUGCAGUGAUUUUCAUUGUUAGUGUGGCAUGAGCUGGUUUUAGGGAGAAUAUGAGCUUGGCAUUGAAUGCAGUUGAACCAUCUGUUGAAAAAGUAACUCCUCGCACCCCCCCCCCCCUUCCAUUCCUGAUAGAAUCUCCGAGAACAGGUGCAUUUUGGUGCUAAGAUGUCUUUUCCUUGAUAUUUUCUAGCCCUCUUUCUAACACAGAGAGAGCAGACUUUAGACCUGAGCAGCAUGGUACCCACUUAACAAAUUAAUACUACAAUUUGCUUUUCACUGUUUAUUUGUAGAGUUGCCUUCUAUAUAUGGGCAGGUAUUAAUGAUUUUCUUCCUUGGGUGGUGCUAUAAAAGCGUCCGUUUUAUUUAAGUUUAAAAAUGAGUUUGAACUUAAAACAUGAACUAAGUGGUAUGUGGGAGGAUUGUGGGUGUGUCAGAAUUGUGCAGGUGGAGUGAGAAAGGCCCACGAUGGAGAAGCGCUGUUUCAGACAGGGGGCGCUGUUGAGGUUGUGCAGCAGCAAAGGGGUGGGAUCCACAGGCUGAUGGGGAAUGGCUGAUGCCGAGGUGUGUAGAAUCUGCUGGAAUAAGCCGGGUGGUAGACAGGACUGUGGUUGGGAGCUGCAUCGUAUUCCAGUUCGGAGGCGAAUGAGGUAUAUCCCAGCCCAGGGGUCAGCAGACUCUGAAACUUAGGGCCACAUGUAAAUACUUUAAGCUUCUCGGGCCACAUGGGCCCCUGUUGGGUGGAAGCAGACAUAGGUAAUAUGUCAGUCAGAGAGUAUGGCCACGCUCCAGUGAAACUGUUUGGAAAAGUAGUCCUUGGGCUGGAUCUGGGCCAUCACUGGCUGACUCCAACCUAAAGCACACAACCCAAGAGGGUGGGAAAGAAGGUUCUGUUUUAUAAGAACUAAGUAACCUGCUGGAGAGAGGAGGCAGGACGCUCUGGUAGAUGCUGGUAGAAGCUCUGGUAGGUUUGGUCCAGGUGGGUUUUGGGGAGAGCAUGAUCCCCAGGAGUCUGUGGACUGGGUGGGGUAGCAGG